UGAUUCUUGGAGGAAAAGUUGCUUUCUUGCCUGUCCCUUUAAUGAUUUCUCCCCUCAUUAAUCCUCUUACCAAACAUGGGCACAGUGCUUUUCUUAAUCAACUUUCCCUUUGUCUUUGCUCAUUAAUUGUGUCUGUCGGAAACUGCACCAAAGUUAUAGGUAUAGUUUAAUGCAAAGCAUGAAUGGAAUGUCCGGGAAAUGCUAAGACUUAAAAGCCACACUUGAAAGGAGAAAAGUAACUAGGAAACAGCUUCUGAUUCAGGGCAUGGAUAGUAGCAUACAAGAGACGCUGCUGAGUACUGAAGUAGACCAAAAGGGUGAUUUGAAGCGAAGGAUUCGUGAAGAAUCCAAGAAAAUAUGGAGGGUUGCGUUGCCAAGUAUUGUUUCGAGGGUCACUUCGUUUGGAACGAUUGUCGUGACACAAUCAUUUGUUGGACAUAUAAGUUCGGUGGAUCUUGCUGGAUACGCACUUGUUCAGACCCUAAGUGUGCGAUUUGUGAACGGUAUAGUGAUUGGAAUGUCGAGUGCAACUGAAACUCUUUGUGGCCAAGCUUUUGGAGCAAAACAGUAUCACAUGAUGGGCAUUUUUCUGCAACGAUCAUGGCUGGUCGACCUCACUGCACUAACCGUCUUACUCCCCAUUUUCAUCUUUGCAACACCAAUCUUUAACCUACUUGGCGAGGAAAAAGCCAUUGCUAAAUCUGCAGGGCACAUUUCUCUGUGGUUCAUUUUAUUUCUCUAUAGCAUUGUUUUCUCCACGACAAUUCAAAUGUAUCUGCAAGCACAGCAGAAGAACAUGGUCAUCGCAUGGUUAUCCGUUAUGCAAUUUGCGAUCCAUAUUCCCUUGUCUUGGCUUUUCGUCUAUGUUCUGAAUUGGGGGCUUGAUGGAGCAAUGGCUGCACUAUGUAUAUCUUCAUGGUUCUUGGUUUUUGGAGAAUUUGUUUACAUAUUCGGGGGUUGGUGUCCCGACUCAUGGAAAGGCUUCUCUUUGGCUGCCGUCAAGGACAUAUUUCCUGUAGUGAAGCUCUCAAUAUCCUCUGGUGUGAUGGUCUGCUUAGAGUUGUGGUACUAUGCCAUUCUGGUCUUACUGGCUGGAUACAUGAAAAAUGCAGAGGUUGCGAUAUCUGCCUUCUCUAUAAGCCUGAACGUCGUUGCAUGGGAAUUCAUGAUCUCCCUUGGCAUUAUGGGCUCUGCAGUCGUGCGAGUUGCAAAUGAGCUUGGCAGAGGAGAUGCUAAAGCCACAAAGUUCUCAAUCAAAGUUCUGAUGGGGACAUCAGUUGCAAUAGGGCUAUUCUUCUGGAUUCUAUGCUUGGUAUUUGGCAACAAACUAGGAUACUUGUUCACGAAUGAAGAGGAAGUGGUGCAGACUGUGUCGGACCUCUCUCUUCUCCUCGCUUUCUCAGUGUUGCUCAACGGCAUUUACCCUGUGCUCUCAGGUGUGGCAGUGGGAGCAGGGCUGCAGACGAAAGUCGCAAUCAUUAAUCUUGUUUGCUUCUAUAUCAUCGGGCUACCAAUUGGAGCAGUUCUUGGAUAUGUAUUUCAACUUCAAGUGAAGGGAAUAUGGAUCGGAAUGAUUAGUGGAGUUGUUACUGAAACACUUGCACUUAGUUUCAUGACAUGGAGAACAAACUGGGAUCAAGAGGUAUCGAUAACUUCAGCACGACUAAAACGAUGGUACUUGAAAUCUGCAGAAGAGAGUAGGCAAAGUUCUGAUCAUUCUUGACUUGAAAAUAUUUGAAGUAGAUCAUUCCACGUCCCUGGAGAGAUUUUCGCCUUUAGUCCCGGGCUCUUGUAACCUUUUUAUCUCUCAGGUGAUAACUUGAAGAGACAAUUCAGAGCUCGAUAGUUCUAGCCAUAUUGAUUGAACUAGAGUCAUCGCUUUGCCAGCAAAAAGAGGAUCCUAAGCAGAUUUUCUGGGCAGUUCCGGGAAAAUUUUAUGUAUGCUGUAAUGGGUUUUACAUAUAUUCUGUGUAAGAGUUUGGUCAAAUUACUUGUAGGAUUUAAUAUUUGCGGUGAGAGAAGCUCUAUAACUUUGUAUUUACUUCAUUUCUCCGUUCAAAUCUUUUAUUACAAUUUACUAUUUCAUCUCA